GAGCUUCAGACAAAAUUUAGACUCAAACGAAAAAUAUAAGCCAAAAAUCAAUUCGAUUCUGAACAGCACAAAAAUUAAACCCAAACGAGUAGCGAGCAACGAGCAACGAGCAACGAGUAACGAGUGCACAGCAACGAUGAACAGCAACGAGAGAGAUGCGUUGAGCCCCAAAAUUGGUGGCCUGGGCAGCAGCAGGUUUGAGUUUCGGUUUGCCGGUCCGGACUCCAUUAAGAAUGCGGUGCAGCGGCACAAUGAGCAGCGGGCAGCGGAGUUGGCCGAGCAAAGUCGCCAGCGGGACGUCGACGGCGGCAAGGCGUUGGCUGGCGGUCCAAUCUUCUGCAAGGUGCGCAGCUCUGGCCGUGAUGUGAUCAGCAAGUACACGUCCCGCGACAUGGAUGUGGAGACGCACUUGUCGCUGCACUCUGCCACAGACAAGGAGCAGACACAGGCAGCUCCGAAGUGUUGCCACUUCCAGCAGAGCGAAGUUCCCAGUGAGGUGUGCGACUCGCUGGACUCGCUGGACUCGCUGGAGUCACUCGAGUCGGUGCCCCCCUGGGUGCAGGCAUCCGAGGCAAUGCUGAUGGUCGUCCAGCCACCGUUCCAGCAGCAGCAGGCGCAACGUGUCAGGGUGGCAGAGGGUAGACCCAAGCUGCAGAUUCCACCGUGUGUGCAGAGAUGGGCGCUGAAGGUGCCACCCAAGCCGAGCAAGAGAGCGGCAAAGACACAGCGAAAGCGUACAAUCAGCGCUCAGGAUGCUGGCGAUGCUGGGGAUGCUGGGGAUGCUGGCGAUGCUGGGGAUGGGAGCGAGAAGAAAGCAAAUGUCCAAAAGGUCAUCCAAGUGCAGUACCGAGAGCCGAGGGCAUGCUUUGCGGAUGUCAUACCCUCGCCCAUGAUGUCGCAGGCCAUCAGGGUGAAGGUGUGCGAGGCGCCGAACAUCUCCUACUUUGCCGCAGGCCAAUUCAUGCAUCAACACCGCAGCCUUGCGCCGGAGUCGACGGCGCCGUUCUUUCGCGAGGACAGCGACCUCGAGCACGAGUACAAGGAUCGGGCGGCGUAUCUCUGUGCGGUGGGGAGUCGCCCCAGCUGUGCCAGCAGCCGGGAAGACGCCACACUGGCUAGGUGCCACAAGACGCCGAUGUUCUGCGAGCUGGAGUGCGGUUCGCGCGGAGUGCAACUCUGGCGCAGUCUCAACCCGCUGCGGUACACCUCACAGCGCUCGGAGGAGACGCUGGCCAGCAGCAGUCGGCAUCAGGUGGUGCCACUGCCGCGUCCACGAGUGCCCAAGAAGAGUUCAGCAGAAAAGCAGAAGGAUGAGCUGCAGACGCUCCACCCUCGCCAGCCUGGAGGGCGGGACGGGAAGUCGAGUCAAGCUGCCACUGUCCCCUACCAGCAGCAGCCAAGGCGUCGCAGAUGCCGCCAGACGCAGACGCAGACGCAGACGCAGGCGCAGAUGGCGGUGUGCAGCCAAUCGCUGGAGCAACUCAAGUGCCAGAAGCUGGGCAUCUACAACAAAAUAACGCUGAAGCAGGAGCGGAUCAUUGGCGCCCUGGACCGACUGCAGCACAGUCUGCUGCAGCUGCAGGUGCCCGAGUGCAGCAGCCAGGAGCGCAGGAAGCGGGAGCGGAACGCGUUCGAGUUUUGUGUGCGCUUCUCCAGGAACUUCCUGUAUCCGCUGAAGGGCAUGCUCGACGAUGUGCGCCGCACGCCGGUGACCUACUUCCACAGCGUCACCUCGAACGAGGCCUGCCAGCGGGUGGUGUCUGUGUACGGGUUGAUGCACCAAUCGAUUGCCACGUACCAGCGCCAGCUGCGCUACUUUCUGCUGGACAAGGUGCCGCAGAAGCUGAGCGCACUCAUGGAGAUGAUCUACACGCUGGGCAACACGUGCGUGGAGAAGGGCAUACUGGACAGGCAGGAUCCGGUGGCUGAGUGCCUGCGCGAGCGAUGCACAAAGUUCCUCACCUUCAUCGAGGACAUGCAGGAGGAGCGCUUCAAGUUGGCCCGCGAGAGCUAUCGCCGUGCCCACAGGCAGCCGGAGCGAAAGACCACCAAGCAGAACUUCGACCUCAGGAUGUGCCUCAACGACCACAAGACGUACGAGCCGCGGCUGGUGGCCAAGAAGAAGCCGCAGGAGCCGAAGCGUGGCCGUGUGGCACGCACCAAGGUGCCCCCCAGCGUGGCACGUGCCACCGCAUCCGCUGCGGAUAAUGCCCACAGCCCAGAGGAGGUUAAGACACAGGUGGCAAUGGACGACAUGCCCUACAGGAAGGCAAGGCUGGCCUCGCCCAAGGCACACUUGACCGAGCAGCAGCCAGCAGCGGCGGGCAGAAGGGACAGCCGCAACGCCAAGCUGGAGGAUGAGCUGCAGCAGGCCCUGAUCGAUGCAUUGCGUCACGUGUCCAGAUCUGAAGUGCAUCAGGUGCUCGAUCCCUUGAUGCGUUCCAUUGGCGCCAUCCUGGACGAGAAGAUGCCAAAACACUAAUUGAAUUGAGUUUAAUUGAUUUACGCAAAAUUAAUACAGUGUAAGCUUUCGGCAAACGACAAAUCCCACAAAAUUGUGCAACAAAAUAGACAGGAUUUGGGCCCUCGAUGGAUUGUUGUAUGGAAAGUGGCCAGCAGUUCCACAUAGCAAAAUUUGGAAAGUAUUUCGCAUAAAUAAAUGGAGCCUUGUGUUAGGUUUUUCGUUCAGAUGAAA